GGCGGGACCUGAAAGUGGGCAGGUGUUGCUGGGGUGUUUUCUGUGGUCACCUGCCUUGCUAUGGGUAUGUCACGCUGGACAGUGACAGCAGCUAGAUGCUGGGUGUCCUGGGACAUUGGUGCCUGGAAUGUGGCAUUGUGCUCUGCUGCCUGCCCUGGGCCAUAUGUGGUCAUGUGUGGCCGUGCCCCAGUGUGGCCGAGAAUGUGUGUGUGUGUGUGUGUGUGUGUGUGUGUGUGUGUGUUUUCCUGUGUCUGUGCGAGGCCACAGGAUCUUGUGGUGCUACAGGGAAGGUGCCAGGGCGCUGGGUGUGGCUAGGAGCAAGUGUGUGUGUGCUCAUGCAUGCACACAUGUGCCUGUAUGUGUGCGUGUGUGUGCACACACGUACGCACAAUGAUGGGUCAUGAUCUCUGUAAUUCUUGUGUCCAUCAUUAGCCAACAGCCAUGGCCUGGGCCCCAUCCCCUCAUCUCACCCACCUUGUUGUGUUGCCCUCUUGGCAGCCUCAAGUGGAGAGCGCUGAGAGGACGCCCAUUAAACAGAUAAGGAAACUGAGGCUCAGAGGGACCACAUGAGUUGGGCAGAGGCUCAGCUCCAACCUAAUCAGGCUGACUGUGGAGCCCCUAUUGUACACCUUCCGGAGUGGGGGCCUGGUUGGUGUCACAAACAGGAAAAGUUCCCGGAAACAGCAUUGUGGUGAGGGGAGGCGUGGCGGGCUUGGGGACCAACAGAGGCCGCGUGUGCACCACGGGUGUGGAGGUGGUUCCCAUGGACGUGGGUGUGCCUGAGCCAUUGUCAGCCACCCCACCUACAGUCUCAGCCCAAUGGGGUGGUGACCCUUCCCACUCCACUCCAGCGCCAUGUGGCACAAUAGCAGCUCUCUGGGGCCCUGUUUCCGGCCAACAAACAUUACACUGGAGGAGCGGCGCCUGAUCGCCUCUCCCUGGUUUGCUGCCUCCUUUUGCCUGGUGGGCCUGGCCUCCAACCUGCUGGCCCUGAGAGUGCUGGCCAGUGCAAGGCAGGGCAGCUCGCAUUCACGCUCUUCCUUCCUCACCUUCCUCUGUGGCCUGGUCCUCACUGACUUCAUGGGGCUGCUGAUCACUGGUGCCAUCGUAGUGUCCCAGCAUGCUGUCCUCUUCGACUGGCGCACCGUGGACCCCAGCUGCCGUCUCUGCCACUUCUUUGGCGUCGUCAUGGUCUUCUUCGGCCUGUGCCCACUGCUGCUGGGGGCUGCCAUGGCCUCAGAACGCUACCUGGGAAUCACGCGGCCCUUCUUGCGCCCCGUGGCCACCUCACAGGGCCGCGCCUGGGCCACUGUGGGGCUGGUGUGGGCCGCUGCACUGUUGCUGGGCCUGCUGCCUCUGCUGGGUGUGGGCCGCUACACCAUGCAGUACCCAGGCUCCUGGUGCUUCCUCACGCUGGGCCCCGAACCCGGGGACGUGGCCUUUGGUCUGCUGUUCUCGCUCCUCGGCAGCUUCUCGGUGGGGUUGUCCUUCGUGCUCAACACGAUCAGCGUGGCCACUCUGUGCCAUGUCUACCAUGGGCAGGAGGCCGCCCAGCAACGCCCACGGGACUGCGAGGUGGAGAUGAUGGCUCAGCUCAUGGGCAUCAUGGUAGUGGCCAGCGUCUGUUGGAUGCCACUGCUGGUCUUCAUUGCCCAGACAGUGCUGCGGAGCCCACCAGCCAUGAGCUCAUCUGGGCAGCUGUCCCGAGACACCGAGAAAGAGCUGCUCAUUUACCUGCGCGUGGCCACCUGGAACCAGAUCUUGGACCCGUGGGUGUACAUCCUGUUCCGCCGGGCGGUGAUCCGGCGCCUCUACCCUCGCCUCAGCUCCCGGCCCAGGUCGCUCUCCCUGCAGCCCCAGCUCACCCGGAGGCCCACCAUGGCGUAAGGCCAGAGGUGGACAUUGGUGUGGCUCUGAAAGGACAGUCAGACAGAACAUCCUGCCAAUGUGUCUCCCAUUCAACCUCGGUCCUCCCUGACGGUCUCAUCUGCCCGUUUUGAAGUCCGGGGGCCGGGAGCGCAGGAUGGACACAGAUUUGGAGUGGCAGGACUGUGAGCUGUCUUCCAUCAGGCCUGGGGACCACCCCCAACUGUUUCCUGAUCCCCCUUUCCAAGGUCUCUGUCCUCUCUCAGCCCCCUCCCAACCCCAGAAAGGGGGAGUGGAGGUGUAGGGAGAGUGUCUGGCAGCAAUUAGACUUGUAAGCUUCCCUUCCAGAAGUCCUCAGGAAAUGGGAGAUUCUGACCCCUGACUAUGACCUACUGUCUGGAGUACAGUUGAUCCCCUUUGACACCCCAAGCUGAGAAGGCUCUGUCUAGAAAAGAUUAAAUGUGAAAGCACAGGACACCCCCUCCCUUGCCAAAACAUAUCUCCAUCCAGCUUUAUUUUCCUUUGGGUCCGGAAGUCAGUCAUCAGUCAUUGAAGUUUGGUGCAUCAGAUUGCUAUCUAACAGCAUGGCAGCCUAGAGCGAGAGUGGAUGGGGCGGUGAGGGGAGGGCAGAGAGGAUAAGGCUGGGUUCUGGCUCCUCUCCCCACCUCCUUUAUUGAGUCUUUACUAAGCACUUCACAGGUCAGAUCUCCUGGAAUCCUCCCUACAGCCCCUAGAGAGGGUUCUGGUAUUAAACCCAGAUAAGGAAGAGGGAAAGACACACAUGAGACCAUGGAAUGAUACCUGCUUUGUCCACUCCAGACGGAGUCACUCUCUCAUAAACUUAUCAUUUAGCCAUUUAUCCGCUCAACACUCAGACUCCCAAUGUCUUGAACAAAGAGCACCAGGCCCAUAGUUGGUGCUCAAUAAAGAUCAAUUG